CUGUGGGCUCCCUCAGCCCUACCGCCCCUCCGAGCGGGGCUGGGCCGGGCCGCCGCGGCCAUGAGCUACGAGCACCGCCGGGACUGGGGCCGCGGGCGCGGCGGCGAUGGCGGCUCGGGCUCCGGCGGCCCCUCGGCGGGCGGGCCCGGCGGGCGCGGCGGGCGCGGGCGCCACCCGAGCCACCUGAAGGGCCGCGAGAUCGGGCUGUGGUACGCGCGGAAACAGGGCCAGAAGAGCCGCGACACCGACCGGCAGCAGAGAGCCGUCGUGCGCAUGGACGAGCGCAGGGAAGAGCAGAUCGUGCAGCUCCUGAAUUCCGUCCAGGCUAAGAACGACAAAGAGCAAGAAUCCAUGUCCUGGUGGUCCGGGGAUGAGGAAAGCCCUGCAGAACAGCCUGUGAAGGUGAAACCAGAUGCUGAAAAGGCUCCUGUAAGACGGAGACCGGUCUUGGAAAAAACAUCCCUGGAUCGGGAUGUGGAAUAUCUCUUUGAAAAAAAUGAGCAGGAUACUGAUUUAGAUGAACAGCUUAAAGAAGACUUAAGAAAGAAGAGAUCUGAUCCCAGAUAUAUUGAAAUGCAGAGGUUUCGAGAGAAACUCCCCUCCUAUGGCAUGAGAGAGGAGCUCGUGAACCUGAUCAACAACAACCGUGUGACUGUGAUCAGUGGGGAGACGGGCUGUGGGAAGACGACCCAGGUGACCCAGUUCAUCCUGGACGACCACAUCGAGCGCGGGAAGGGCUCCACGUGCCGGAUCGUCUGCACCCAGCCCAGGAGGAUCAGCGCCAUCUCCGUGGCUGAGAGGGUGGCUGCUGAGAGGGCAGAGGCCUGUGGCAGUGGCAAGAGCACGGGGUACCAGAUCCGCCUGCAGAGUCGGUUGCCAAGGAAACAAGGUUCAAUUUUGUACUGUACCACGGGAAUUGUCCUCCAGUGGCUCCAGUCGGACAAGCACUUGUCCAGCAUCAGUCACGUAGUCCUUGAUGAAAUCCAUGAAAGAAAUCUUCAGUCAGAUGUUUUAAUGAGCAUUAUUAAAGAUCUGCUAAAUAUUCGACUGGAUUUGAAAGUCAUACUAAUGAGUGCUACUCUAAAUGCAGAGAAGUUUUCCGAGUAUUUUGAUCAUUGUCCAAUGAUUCACAUCCCGGGGUUCACUUUCCCAGUGGUGGAAUAUCUGCUGGAAGAUGUAAUUGAGAAGUUGAGGUACAGCCCCGAGAGCACGGAGCGGCGGCCGCGCUGGAAGAGGGGAUUCCUGCAGGGCCACGUGAGCCGGCCCGACAAGGAGGAGAAGGAGGAGAUGUACCGGGAGCGAUGGCCCGAGUACCUCAGGCAGCUCAGGGGCAGGUAUUCAGCAAGCACUAUUGAUGCCCUGGAAAUGAUGGAUGAUGACAAGGUGGACCUUGACCUCAUAGCAGCUCUGAUCAGACACAUCGUGCUGGAAGAGGAGGAUGGUGCAAUUCUGGUGUUUCUGCCAGGCUGGGACAACAUCAGCACUCUGCACGAUCUCUUGAUGUCACAAGUCAUGUUUAAGUCAGAUAGGUUUAUUAUCAUACCUUUGCAUUCACUGAUGCCUACUGUUAACCAGACUCAGGUGUUUAAGAAGACCCCACCAGGAGUAAGGAAAAUCGUGAUUGCAACCAACAUUGCAGAGACCAGCAUCACAAUCGAUGACGUCGUGUUUGUGAUAGAUGGGGGCAAAAUAAAGGAGACUCACUUUGACACCCAGAACAACAUCAGCACCAUGGCAGCAGAGUGGGUGAGCAAAGCCAAUGCCAAGCAGAGGAAGGGUCGGGCAGGAAGAGUUCAGCCAGGCCACUGUUACCAUCUGUACAACGGGCUGCGUGCCAGCCUGCUGGAUGAUUAUCAGUUACCAGAGAUCCUGAGGACACCCUUGGAGGAACUCUGCUUACAAAUCAAGAUCCUGAAGCUUGGUGGAAUUGCCUAUUUUCUGAGCAAACUAAUGGACCCACCAUCUCGUGAUGCUGUCAUGUUGGCCAUAAAUCACCUCAUGGAGCUGAAUGCUCUGGACAGGCAGGAGGAGCUGACUCCCCUGGGUGUCCACCUUGCACGGCUGCCAGUGGAGCCCCACAUUGGGAAGAUGAUCCUCUUUGGGGCCUUGUUCUGCUGCCUGGACCCUGUGCUCACCAUUGCAGCCAGCCUCAGCUUCAAGGACCCCUUUGUCAUCCCUCUGGGCAAAGAGAAAGUGGCAGAUGCAAGAAGAAAGGAGCUGUCAAAGAACACGAAAAGCGACCACCUGACUGUGGUGAAUGCUUUCACUGGCUGGGAAGAGACUCGGCGUCGUGGCUUCAGGACUGAGAAGGACUAUUGCUGGGAGUAUUUCCUGUCCUCCAACACCCUGCAGAUGCUGCACAACAUGAAGGGGCAGUUUGCUGAGCACCUCCUCGCAGCUGGGUUUGUGAGCAGCAGAGACCCCAAGGAUCCCAAAUCUAACACCAACUCGGAUAACGAGAAGCUGCUCAAAGCUGUCAUCUGUGCUGGCCUCUAUCCCAAAGUGGCAAAGAUCCGACCCAGCUUCAGCAAAAAGAGAAAAAUGGUGAAAGUUUGCACCAAGACAGAUGGAUCAGUUAAUAUUCAUCCCAAAUCAGUUAAUGUGGAGGAAACCGAGUUCCAUUACAACUGGCUCGUGUACCACCUGAAGAUGAGGACCAGCAGUAUUUACCUGUAUGACUGUACAGAGGUGUCUCCAUACUGCCUUCUGUUCUUUGGAGGGGAUAUAUCCAUCCAGAAGGAUAAGGACCAGGACACCAUCGCUGUGGAUGAGUGGAUUGUUUUCCAGUCUCCAGCAAGAAUAGCACACUUGGUGAAGAAUCUAAGACAAGAACUUGAUGAUCUUCUACAAGAGAAAAUAGAAAACCCGCACCCCGUGGACUGGAACGACACGAAAUGCAGGGACACAGCCGUGCUGACAGCGAUCAUAGACUUGAUCACCACGCAGGAGAACGAGGGGCUGCACAACUACGCCCCGCGCUUCCAGGGCGAGCGCUGCAGUUGACACACCGGGGCUGCCCCACGCAGACGGCAGAGCCACCUUUUUUAUCAUAGCCUUUCUUUAGCUAGAGGAAACACUUUUCUAGGGUAAGCUGGCGUUUUCCUCAUCCUGAAGAGCAGUUCCUUGGAUAGUUGGCAGUGUCUGUAUAUGCAUGUGUUCUGUGUCCAGUGUAGCUCCUGAAGUGAGGGAAGGGCAGUGUUGGGUCAUGUAUGGUUCUUGUCCUGACGUAGCUGUUUUUGUUGGGUUUUUACCCACCAGGUAAGAGAUAUUUGAAAAGCCUGCUAAAAUACUGCUUAAUAAUACCUAAACUGUUCUUGCUGCUGGAGAAACAUCUCAAAAGACUUUUUUUUUUUUUUAAUUGGGAGUGGUGAGUAAUUACAGUGGCUGUGUUAUUCCAGCUGUGCAGCAGUCUGCUCACCAGCACUUCCACAGAAGGUAAUUACAGCUUAAUUAAUCUAAACUUGAAAACACUUGUUAAAUUUGUACUGUGGGAGGAAACAAUCUUCAGAAAUAUUCUCUUCUUCUGCCUUUCAUCCCAUUCAAUUAAUCUUUAUUCACUUUUUGUCCCCAUCCAACCUCACUACUGACAGAAAUUGCAGCUUACAGGAAGUAUGGUUAGAUAAAAGGCAUGGUGGAAUAUGCUUUAAGGUUUGUUGCAUUCGAGUUUUCUGGUUGUUUGUUGUUUUUUUUUAAAGUCCAUGUAAGGGUUAUAUUAUUACAUUAAAAGUCUUUUCUUUAAAGUGUUAUUUCAUCUGUUCUCAAUGUUUUGAAUGUUAUUCUGUUUUGAAUGAUUUCCAGCUAUGGAAGAACAUUUGAAUAACAAAGCUUGUUUAGGAUUUUGAGGUUUAUCCUCAAGAAAUGAAGCUCUUGUGUUGCCUUUUAUUUGCCUGGAAAUAUAACAACUCUUCUCUCUUC